AUGUAUCUAGCGAUACUAGAGUAUGUCAGUGGACGUCACGAUCUGCAGGAGAUGCAUAUCCAGGCAUUGGAUGAUUUCGUCGAGUCCAAUGGCGGUGUGGCGAUUUUCCGAACCGGAAGUGAGAGUCCCGAGCUCUUCCUCUGCAGUGCAAGAUCGUAUGUGACUCAAUUCGUUCGGGCCGAAGUGUUCCUUCCGACUAGAUCGCGGCUUCAGUCAACAGUCAGCCGCUAUCUUUACAGCUUGAGUCAAGUCCACCGCUGGGCAUCGAACUUCAAGGCGCGGCUAUCUUCAGAGGCUGUGCCGCUUCUCCACUACCGCCUCAGGCUUCGGCCGCUGAUUGACUAUCUCGAGCACCUGGGUCAGAUCCGAACUUCAGUCGAACGCACGAGAGUUUGGGACGCAGCAUCAGGAGCGCAUUUCUGCGUCUACUCUCUUGUGAUGACUCUGGUCGAAUUCACUCAUUCACCUGGCACAGUGUUCGAGUUCCUGGAACAAGUCCAAGACUGUAUGAUGGCAAGCAUUGACAAAAGCCUGCAAAACGAAAGCGACCUCGACGGUCUCCAUCCUUUCGCCACAGGUCAAAUGAUAGGUUACGUUCGUACACUAAUGUUCCGCGAUGUCGGCAAUGUGAAAGAGAUUCGUAUUUGUCAGGCACAGGCAGAUGCACAGAAGGUGUUCGCUCUUUUGAGCCAGAGCCGUAGGGACGAGCUCGUUUCAUACUUUGUGGGCAGCGUGCUCGCAUUGGCCAGAACUGCCCGGGCAAUAGAACCCAACGACGUAGCUGCCACUGCGGCAAGCCAACAGACGUUGAGGGCCGAGGUUCUGGAAGCCUGGACAGCGCAGCAGAGGAUACGCCAGGAACGAUGA